AUAUCCUACACGCUUUUAUGCUUCCCUUCCAAGUAUUCCCUUCCUUAGCCCCCCACUUUCGCCUUCCAUGCCGCGUUCACGCCGACUACCAAAAUAAAAAUCUUGAAAUUUCUUAAUGUGUCAUAAAUGUUGUCCCAAACUGUAAUGUCUUGACACAAAUGUCACAUGUUUAUAAAUACAUGCAUCAUGUAGUGAGUUGUGAGAAAAACAGAGACACUGAAGCAUGGAAUCAGCAGGAGAAAUCUUAGUGUUGCCUUUCUAUGGACAAGGUCAUCUGUUCCCAUCCAUGGAGCUCUGUACUCAUUUAGCUUCUCGUAAUUAUAAUACCACCCUGAUCAUUCCCUCUUAUCUGGCCUCUUCAGUCCCUCAUUCUCUCCGCACCCAUCCUUCAGUCGUGGUAGUCGACAUCCCUGCUGAUCCUUCUGAUCUGCAGCCUCCACCUCCCAAGAUAGCCGCGACUUCGAGUGAUGAUGGUUCGGGACGUGGACGGGGGCGUGGGCGUGGAGGAAUGAAUCGGUUUGAAACCCAGCAUCAGCAGCUAGGGAAUGGGAUCGAAACCUACUUAAAAACUCGGUCUAAGGAACCGGGGUAUGAGGUACCUAAGUGUGUGGUGGUGGAUGUGAUGAUGAGCUGGAGUAAGGAGCUGUUUCGUGAGUUUGGUGUUCAAAUCGCCACUUUUUUUACUUCGGGUGCUUGUGCUGAAGCGAUGGAUUAUGCUUGUUGGAAAGCAGGGGUAGCUGAAAUGAAGCCUGGUGAUACCAGGGUUCUUCCAGGGUUGCCUGAGGAUAUGGCACUGGCUUAUUCUGAUCUUGAUAAGAAGCCGAGAAUGGGCGCUGGCGGUGGUGGUGGUGGUGGGCGUGGUCGCGGAAGAGGGUUACAUGGACCACCAGAUGGUGAUCGGAUGAGGCAUGGACCUCCGGAUGGUGAUAGGAUGAGGCAUGGACCUCCGGAUGGUGAUAGGAUGAGGCAUGGCCCCCCUGGACCGGGGCAGAGGCCGAUGUGGUUGAAUGAGAUAGAAGGAACAACGGCGAUGCUGAUUAAUACUUGUGAUGAAUUAGAACACGACUUUAUAGAGUAUAUUGGUACUCAAACUGGAAAGCCUGUGUGGGGGGUUGGUCCUCUUUUGCCUGAAGAAUACUGGAAGUCAGCUGGCUCUGUGAUUCGUGAUGGUAAAAUACGAUCCAGUGGCAGAAAAUCAAACUACACAGAAGAAGAAGUGAUCCAAUGGUUAGAUGGGAAGUCGGGAAAAUCUGUGAUUUAUAUUUCAUUUGGGAGUGAAGUUGGACCAAGCGGUGAAGAGUAUGAGCAGCUCACAACUGCUUUACAGGAGUCAGAUUGGUCGUUUAUAUGGGUGAUCCAGUCUAAUUCGGGCAAACCUGGUCGGCUUCUAGGAAUUCAGAAUGAUCAGGAGGGAGGAUACUACCCUGAUGGCUUGAAAGAAAAAGUUGGGGACAGAGGUUUGAUAAUUCAAGGAUGGGCACCCCAGUUGUUGAUUCUUAGUCACCCGUCAACAGGAGGUUUUCUAUCACACUGCGGUUGGAACUCGACAGUUGAGGCGAUUGGCUGCGGAGUUCCAUUCUUGGCAUGGCCAAUGAGAGGUGAUCAGUACCACAAUGCUAAGCUGAUAGUUUCUCAUCUGAAGGUUGGAUGCAAGUUAUCAAAUGGCGGCAGUUCAAAAGCAGUGAAGAAAGAGGAUAUAGCUGAUGGAAUUAACACACUGAUGUCGGAUGAAGAAAUUCACAAACAGGCAGCUAUGAUACGUGGGGGCUUCAAGAGUGGUUUCCCAGCAAGUUCAGUGUCUGCGCUAGAUGCUUUUGUGGAUUUUAUCAAGAAAAACACAUCUUAGCUAAAAGGCACCUUGUGGGCUUUAUGGUUUUUAUGCACCUGAGUGGUUUUAUCAUUAUUCAUCUCUAGUUUAGCUGCUGAAAUGUCACAUGCUGGGAAUGUGAGCUGAUAUUUUUAGGCAGCCUACUGUUUUUACUGUGGGACUUGUAUGCUCCUCUUUCUCAGAAAAAAGGGGAGCUUCUUAAUGCAAUCGAGCUUUGUUUUA